CAUUUUAGCGUCAUUAGCCCGCUAGUCCCCAAAACAAGCGCAAGUCUAUUAACCAGGAAGUGUCAACUUUUGUUUCUUAUCGUAAUUUAUACAGGGAUUUCUGAAUGAAUUAUUAGGCUGGAUGUUGAUAUUUUUAAAAGAGCAGCGUGGGGAAACGCUCAUAUUGAUGUGUGUUAGCUCUGCGAGCUAAUUCUGUCAACAAAUGAAGUUGCUUGUUUUCUUAGCCGUUAGCCUGACCGCUAACUCACGACAUAGGCGUUUGCUCCUGCCCGUCUUAAAAAUGUACGCAAAUCGUUUUUAUUUCUAAAAAUGAUUUGAGUGAACAUCCACGACUUGUUUUUGAGUUUCUGACAAACUACAACAGCGUUUUGGAGUCAGCAGCGCUUCUAGCACAAUCGCCUCAGUAUGAUGUUGCAUCCCUCCACUCCUCUGUUCUCAUCUCCUGUCCAUCCAUGGUAAGAGGCCAGCAGGACACGCCCCGUCUCCACGGCAACAGCAUGGAGGGACAGGCACCACCCCCCCAGCCCACCCAGCCUCGCAAGAAGAGACCCGAGGAUUUCCGAUUCGGCAAAAUAUUGGGAGAAGGCUCCUUCUCUACCGUUGUCUUAGCAAAGGAGCACUCAACGGGGAAGGAGUAUGCAAUUAAGAUCCUGGAAAAGCGCCACAUAAUGAAGGAGAACAAAGCGCAGUAUGUCAAGAGGGAACGUGACAUCAUGUCACACCUGGAUCAUCCGUUCUUCGUCAAACUCUACUUCACAUUUCAAGAUGAGGAGAAGCUGUAUUUUGGAUUGAGCUACGCUAAAAACGGCGAACUGCUGAAAUACAUUCGAAAAAUAGGCUCGUUUGACGAGACCUGCACACGUUUCUACUCGGCUGAGAUAGUUUGUGCUCUUGAGUACUUGCAUCAGAAGGGCAUCAUCCACAGAGAUCUGAAGCCGGAGAAUAUUCUGCUCAGUGAGGAGAUGCACAUCCAAAUAACAGACUUUGGCACGGCCAAACAACUGUCCUCUGAAAGCAAACAGGCAAGAGCAAACUCAUUUGUUGGUACGGCUCAGUACGUCUCUCCUGAAUUACUGACUGAGAAAUCUGCCUGCAAGAGUUCGGAUCUCUGGGCAUUAGGCUGCAUCAUCUACCAGCUUGUUGCUGGUUUGCCGCCAUUCAGAGCUGGGAAUGAGUAUCUAAUAUUCCAGAAGAUUAUAAAGCUCGAGUAUGAGUUUCCUGAGAAAUUUUUCCCCAAAGCUAAGGACCUUGUGGAGCAACUUCUGUCACUGGAUCCGUGCAAGCGGAUUGGCUGUGAGGAGAUGGGCGGCUACGGGCCGCUAAAAUCCCACCCCUUUUUUGAGACAGUUGGCUGGGAUGAUAUCCAUCUGCAGACUCCACCUAAACUAACGGCGUAUCUGCCCGCCAUGUCUGAGGAUGAUGAGGACUGCUAUGGAAACUAUGAUGAUCUCCUGAGCCAGUUCAGUUGUAUGCAGGUGGCACAGCCUGGCCACGCCCCUUUAGUUUCCUUCACAGGAGAGACAAGUCAACCUACAUAUAACCCCUCCCCUAGUGUGGAUCAGUUUAUACAUAUUCAUGAGCUGGACAGUAAUAGUAUGGAGCUCGACCUGCAGUACAGCGACGAGGAGAAACGCAUCCUACUGGACAAGCAGAGUGCUGCAAAUCCAUGGCACCAGUUUGUGGAGAAUAACCUCAUCUUAAAAAUGGGCCCAGUGGACAAACGCAAAGGUCUGUUUGCACGGAGGAGGCAGUUGCUACUGACUGAGGGUCCUCACUUGUACUACGUGGAUCCGGUCAAUAAAGUUCUGAAAGGGGAGAUUCCUUGGUCACCUGAGCUCCGACCUGAAGCGAAGAACUUUAAAACCUUCUUUGUUCACACGCCAAACCGGACGUACUAUCUAAUGGACCCAAGCGGCAACGCAGACAAAUGGUGCAAGAAAAUCCAGGAAGUUUGGAGGAAGAUCUACCACAAACACCAGAGCCCCAGCCUAUAGGACUACAGCGCUCCCCCCUUUGGCCACACCCUCCCACAGCCCUCCAACCAAUCACAGGACUGUAGAGACAUCUCUCUCUCUCUCUCUCCAGCUAUAUAUUGUCUUUCUGUCUCUUCAUAUAUCAGUCCCGUCACUCCCAAGCACUUUCUCUGUUUGGUUCAGUCGUUUUCGCGCGCUGAGGGUGGAGUCUUUACAACCAAAAGCAGCAAGGCCGUAGUCAGCAUGUCGUGCAGGCAAGCCAUAGAAAAUCCCACUUUUAGACGAUUACACUCAAGAAAUCGUGCAAUCUCCAUCCGUCUGUCGCAAAACGAGCACACAAGUUCUGUUCUUUUCUCGCUCGGCGCUCACACACGCUCCGCUCCUUACUUUCAGAUAUCUAAAUGGGAGUGUGUCGCUUUAGUCUGCGUUUAGAGUUAAGGCGGGUCCUUUUACCCUUAUUGGCUACAGUAGCUGGUCUUGCUGAUUCCGAUUGGAGGAUGUGGUGUCGGACAUCUCCUCAGCAUGUUCGCGUUACCUUCGAAUCGCACCGGGAGACGGCACCACGCCGCCACAAAAGCCACAUGUGUAAUGUGGUUUGCGAGGGUGAUUCAUCGCCCCGACUGAGUUUAGCUGUUUUCCUUUAAAGCGCUUGCAUUGUGACGGUAUGCAUUGCCGAGUGGAGGCUUGUGACGGAGGGGCAAUCUGAUCGCGUGCGUGUUUGGCUCCUCUCAUUUGGCCGUUUUUAACAGGAAGUCCGUGGAGUGAGUGAGAUUGGCCGACCGAGUGUGUGCGUGCGUGCGUGCGUGCGUCUUCCUGAUCGGUAACAGAUGACUGUGAUGUACAGUUGAUGUAAUAUUGCAAAUGGGAGGUGAGUAAAGAGGUGACUCUAGGAUCCAGGUUUUGUAUUUUUAUUCUUGUAUAAGGUUAUUGGGCCGCUCCGUUCUGGCCUGGCUUCUCUGUGUUAUUUAAAUUCUAAUAUAUGAAAGCAUAUUUGGAUUGAAGUCAUGUUCCAGGGCCUUGCUGUGUAUGUAUUGAAUAUGUAAAGCCUUUGAAUGUGAAGAAUUAUUGUAAA